GCACUUCCUUGUUCAAAAGUUUUUUUUUUUUAUGGGAAGGCUCCAGGGGAGAAAGUUGGUCAUCAGAUUGUGUUUCUAACUUAAAUUCUACGGUCAUCUCUGAAGACGUGGACUAUGCGUGUCGCAUAUUUUGAUUUAACUAGCUACGGCAGCUGAUUUGAUGGGUGGUUUUUAACGACUGUCAGCGGUGAAAGGCUGGAGAAAGAGGAAGAUGUCGAUGGCUAACGUUAGCGAAGACAUCCGAGGGAAGUUUCCUCUUCAUUCCGCUGUUUGGGAGAAUGAUUUCAGGAAACUGGAGGAGGAAUUACGAUCGCUGCAGAAUGAAAUUGAGACUGUGGACCCUAGGGGUCGGACCCCUUUGCACCUGGCUGUGUCCCUGGGACACCUGGAGACCGUAAGAGUCCUCCUGAGACAUGGCGCUCAAGUAACUAAAGAAAAUGCCCAUAACUGGACAGUGCUACAGGAAGCGGUCAGCACUGGAGAUCCGGAGAUGGUUCAGUUAGUGCUUCAACGCAGAGACUACCUCAAAGCCUCCACUGCUCUGGGAGGAGUGCCUGAACUGCUGCUGAAGAUCCGAGAGUCUCCAGACUUUUAUAUGGAAAUGAAGUGGGAAUUUACCAGCUGGAUUCCUCUUCUGUCCCGGAUUUGUCCGAGUGACGUUUGCCGCAUUUGGAAAAGUGGCGCCUGCCUGCGAGUGGACACCACUCUCCUCGGAUUUGAAAACAUGACCUGGAUCAGAGGUCGCCGAAGUUACAUCUUCAGAGGAGACGAGUCAUGUGCUGAGCUGAUGGAGAUGAACCACGAUGAUGGAGUUGUUGACGUCGAGCGCUUCAACAUAUCUCAAGAAGUAGAGGAUGUCACGCUGGAGUCGAUGCAGCCAGCUGAGCAGGAAGUUGCCAAAAGACUAACAACACCUAUUGUCAACACCUACUUAGACACCAAGAAUAUUGCUUUUGAAAGGAGCAAGUCAGGAAUUUGGGGUUGGAAAACUGAUAAAACAGAAGUUGUCAAUGGAUUUGAAUCGAAGGUUUUCAAUGUCAACAACGUAAACGUUGUCAUCAGAACACGAACGGAGCAUUUAACAGAUGAGGAGAAAACCAGGAUUAAAAGUGAAAGGAACGUUUUAGAGUCUCUGCUGGGAACCGUGGAGCAGCACAUCAGUGCACAGGGGGACCUAACUCUUGAGUAUGCAACAGCCACAAAUCCCACCGCUAUCACCCCAGAGGAAUAUUUUGACCCCGACUUUGACCUGGGUGACAGAGACAUCGGCCGCCCUAUUGAACUCACCAUUCGAACACAGAAGUUCAAAGGAACAUUGUGGAUGAGCGAGGAGCAUCCCCUCUCCCUGGUGGAGCAGGUGACCCCCGUCAUUGACCUCAUGGCACGGACCAGUUCCCAUUUUGCACGGCUACGAGAUUUCGUCACCCUGAAUUUCCCCCCCGGAUUUCCUGUUAAAAUAGAGAUCCCCCUGUUUCAUGUGCUUAAUGCCAGAAUAACAUUUGGUAAUCUAAAUAAGUGCCGCACUGAAAAAGACGAAGAAGAAGAAGUGGGCACAUCGGCAGCUACCACGCCAUCAUCUACUAUGGAGGAUUUAGCAUCAACAGCACCGUCUCAGUUCCAGGUGUGUCCCUCAGUGUUCGAGGUGCCGGCGAGUUAUCAACGCAGAGGGGGCAGCCGUCACACGCCUGCGCCCAACAAUGAUGAGGAGCUUUUGCAGUACGCCAUCCAUCAGAGUCUCCUAGAUUCUCAGCGAGGCCCAGGCCAGCAGGGGAUCUGGGACAAUGCUAAUGGGGAAUUUGCAGAUUUAGUGCCAAUCAGCCAAAAUGACGGGAGUAUCCCAGAGGGGGUGCUGGUGGAUUAUGAAGAUGCUUCCUACACGCCAACCACUUCCAUCUCUGAUUCAGAGCUCCGCCUGGCCAUGGAGCUCUCAGCUCAAGCUCAAGAGGAAGAGGAGAGGAGGAGGAAGCAGGAGGAGGAGGAGCUGGAGAGGAUUUUGCAGCUAUCGCUCACUGACAAAUAAAAAGGGAAUUUUUUAUAACUUUUCCAGAUCCAGAAGCAACCAACACACCUCAGAUUUUCCUCCUAACCUCCUCCUAUGCAACCACAGAUUAUUUUCUGUAAUGACAUGACCUCGUGCAUUUAAAAGUAAACUCCUUUAUUUUCCAGAAGGUAUUUUUGAUAAGGCCAUACACUUUUCUAUAAUUCCAGUUUGAGAUUUAAUUUUAAGUCACUUGUUCCGGUCCAGAAACUUGCAGCAGCAUCCAUCGCCAUGUUGGAUAUGAAGGUUCUAUGAACAAAAAUGUUUUAGUGGAUUUGGAGCUGUGGCACAUCAAGUAAAAGAAAUCAAACUUCUUCUUUUUUUUAUCUUCUCAGCACAUGCUGCGUCUAAUAUUUUAGAGAACCAGAAGAAGAACCUCUUUCUGGGGGAAUCUUUGAGGAGUGUGGACCGAAAACACCAGCUUUAAGGAUGAGGCGUCUUCCUGGAUAAUGAAAAUCUCAGGGUUUCAACGUUUUAGAUGACCCUUUUUGCUUUGAAAUAAUUCAUCAGUUUAUUUCUUGCUUCCAUUUUAGCUUGGUAACGAUGGUGCAGGACGGUACUACUCCCGCAUAUCAAAACUAAAUCAUGACUUCAGAAAGUUGGGAUCGUUGAGCCAAAUAUUUAUUUAGAAAUUAAUUUCUGUGUGAUUUUGUGAAUGUACAGUCUGAUGAUGGGUGGAUAAAAAAGGCUUGACAGGGAACUUUAAAAUCAGCUGCAUGGUGACAGAUCUGUGCUGGAACAAGGAUGAGCGCCAGGUUACCUUAAGUUUUAAUACUUGCCCUUAAUAUGCAGUUUUAGGGGAGGGGGUAUUUUUUAAACCGUCACCUCAGUUCCGAAAUGCAAUAACCAAGACUCUGUGGAUUUACAACUUUUCUAGAAAGUUACUGUAGCAGCGACUGUUUGCAUUUCGUAGCCGUGAACAACUGGAAGCCUCUGUCUCAGAUGGAGCACGUUCAGCUGCAGGAUUUACAUGCAUGUGCCAAGGAUUGCUCUGCAAAGUCGAGGUUCAAUAGAUUCAUGCCGUGCCACGAGGUCUAAAUUUCCUGAAAAAACAUUUUUUAUUAAAAGGAUUUUUGUAUCUAAAUCAGUAAAGAGUAACAGAGUGACUGAGUCACGUGCUUUAACAACUUUUGGUGAUUUCACUGACAGCCGACCACUUUUUGAAGCUCUGGUUUUCUGCUUUGAUGCAUUUUCAACUCAACCAAGUGGCCGAACUAGUGACCACUCGGCUUCGACGAGGCGAAAAGGUUUCUGUAACGCGCCGUUUCUGCUUGGAUAUAAUUUUAAUCUGUUAUUGUUUUAAAAGAGAAUGUCUGUUUGAAAAAUGCUGUUUUUAAAACGUUCUAAAAUAAAAGCACUUUAUUCCAUGAA